AUGGUUGAACAACGUUAUUGUUUUAUGGAUGGGCAACUUUCGUGGGUAUGGGAUGGUGGGUCUUUGGUCAAUCAAUCACAGACUUCAGAAGCUUGGAAUGAGUGUGUUAAGCUACUGGAAGGUAUCAAGAUAGAGAUGAAAUCAGAUGCAUGGUUAUGGAGACAAGACGAAACACGAGAAGUCUUCAAAGUUAAUAUAUUACGUACAGAGUUGGAUAGUAUUCAAAGCAUUCCGGAAACACAAGUUCUGAAAUGGCUAAGCUGGAUACCGAAAAAAAUAAACUGCUUUUUGUGGAGGGCGGUGCUGGAUCGGAUUCCGACAAGGGAGGCUUUGGUGAUAAGGAAUAUAAACAUUCCUUCGAUUACAUGUGCCUUAUGCGGUUCGAACGCGGAAACGGUUGAUCAUUUACUAAUUUCCUGUCAAUAUGCACAAUUAGUAUGGACGGCGAUCUCCUUAUGGGUAAAAUUACCUCUCCCGAGGUAUUUGCUUAGCUUGGUCAGAUUAUUGGAAUAUAUCGAGUCUUAUUGUUCGUCGGAAGAGAAAAGGAAGGCAAUAUAUCUAGUCACGGCAGCAACAUGUUGGACCCUAUGGCGGAUUCGAAACAAUUUAAUCUUUAAUCAGAAAAAAACACAGGUAUCAAGGGCGGUCGGAAACGUAAAGGCACUCUCUUUUUUUAUGGAUGAAAGCAAGGGCUGGAAAAACAGAUCUGGAUUGGAAGGAAUCGAGUAA